UCCUUCUGCGGGGCCAUGAAGAGGGAGCCGCCGCCGCAGCCUCCCUCCGACGGGGGCGAGCAUCCCUCCGGGCGGCAGCAGCAGGAGGCGCCCUCCGCUGCGGAAGACGCGCCGCCCAAGUCCCCGCUGUGGGUCUUCGGCUACGGCUCGCUGGUAUGGAGGCCGGAUUUCGAAUUCACCUCCCGCAAGGUGGGCUACAUCCGAGGCUACAGCCGUCGCUUCUGGCAAGGAGAUACUUUCCACCGAGGCUCCGAGAAGAUGCCUGGAAGAGUGGUCACCCUUCUAGAAGAUUAUGAUGGGUGCACGUGGGGUGUUGCCUAUGAACUCCAUGGAGACCAAAUUGCUGCCUCACUCAAGUAUUUAAAUAUGCGGGAAGCGGUGCUAGGUGGCUACGAUACCAAGCUAGUGAAGUUCCACCCCCAGGAUAAAGAGGGUGGGGAGCCUGUCCUGGCCCUGGUUUACAUUGCUACACCUCAGAAUCCCUCCUAUCUUGGCCCGGCAUCGGAAGAGGACAUUGCUGCUCAAAUCAUUGUUUCCAGUGGCCGUUCAGGCCACAAUAUAGAGUAUCUCCUGCGACUGGCGGACUUCAUGCGCUAUUGCUGCCCUCAGAUAGAGGAUGAGCACUUGUUUUCAAUCGAGGAGGCUCUCAUCUCGAUCUUACCCUGCCUGUACCAUGGUGAGGAAUCCUUAGUGGAAGAAUGAAC